ACCUACCUAGCUUUUUUUUAUAAAAGAUUAACAGGCUCAUAGGGCUUGUUUUUGCUGUUUCUUCCAAGUUACUGAAUUGUGAAAAUCGUUGCAGCUAUAAUGGAUAAAAUUCCAGACCAAAUCGGCUAUCUGGUGCUAACAGAGGACGGUGCUGUCCUUGAAUCUGGUGGAGAACUUGAGAACGACGAACGUAUCGCAACUAUAAUAACUGAUCUCAUCACCCUAUCUAAUGAAGUUGAUUCAGUUGCAUUUGGACCAAGUGAGAAUUUUAAGAAGAUUUCGAUAACGUUUGACGAUCAUUGGUAUAUUAUCUGUCUUUCUAAUAAAAAGAUUUAUGUUGUAAAACGAAAUAUACAUACUCCACUCAGAGAAAGUAAUGAAAUUAAUGUGUAGUAUUAAAAAAAGUAAGAAUG